UUUGCUACAACUGUUUCGAUAGCAUCGACUUGCUUUUUUUCAUAGUUAGUACAUGACAUUUUCAUUUUCUUUAGACAAUGACAGCGCUUCUGAAAAGUUAUGAAGAAGAAUAUCAUGAGAUUACCAAGCGAAUUAGUGAUGAAUUAUCUGCCUUACAGGCAGCCUUACAGCGUGGGUCUGCCGAAUACACGGUGCCCCCGGCCUCCGGCCCUGCCAGCCGCCAGCAGCGGUGUACUAAUUUGUUCAACCUCAUCCUCCAGAUAAAAGAUCUCAUCCUCAACAUGAGCUAUGAGUGCAGUGACCUCCCAAUGGUUCUACAAACAACCUACAAAGAACGCAUUGAACAGUUUAAGGGGGACACUCGGAAUUUGGAAAGGUCGAUUGCGGCGGUUAAAGUUGAAGCGAGCGCUGCGGAUAGGCAAGAUCUACUCUGCGGCUCGAAGGAUGGAAUUGAUCUGGAUACCGGCAGCGGUUUGGCAGUUGAUAACCGAAAUGGGGUGAGCCUCGAGAUGCAAAAGUACCGCGUGCAAAUGAUAGAUAACACCCAAAAGUACGGAGAGGCCUCAAAGACCCUCCUCCAGGCGGAGCGCCUGCUGAACGACACCGAGAUCUCUGGCAACGAGGCUCUCACAAACUUAAGGACGCAAUCUGAGACGAUACGGCAAAUCCAUGAGACCGUCUUCGACGUUGAUGAGGAGAUCUCCAAGUCACGCAAAAUUCUAAAAAAAAUGCAGCUCAUGAUGAUCAAACAUAAACUCAUUCUUAUUGGUAUUAUAUCAAUUCUUCUUUUUCUAAUCAUUGUUGCCAUUUACGUCGAGGUUUCAAAAAAUCGUAGAAAUCGUAUGCCGGAACCCUCUAUCGAGCCACCCUCGUCCACGAUCCCAAUUUCGUCGGUUGGUAACUAACCACAUUGACCUUCAAACAGGCAGGUGGAGAAUUACGCGUUUGUGCGCGUUUCUACAACUGUGUAUGUGGUAAUGUGAGGCGAUGAGAGUUUGAUUUGAGCACAUCGUCUUGUUUUUCUAAUGGUACAUAGACGAUGUAAACUUGACCAUUGAUGUUCCAGAAAAAUAUAAAAUAGGUAAUUACUUCCGUUAGUUGUACUUAUAUAAAUAUAUCUAUAUAUUUUUGGUAAAGCUUAUUUUCGAGUUGCUUUAUAAGAGAUGGUGUUUCGUGAGAAAGCAAUCUCCUCACCAAAAGCACCAAAUCAAAUUGUGUUCAGCGGAGCAUGACAUUGGGUAAAUCAU